AUGAACGGAAUGGAUAAUUCUGCCAUGGGAUUUGUACUAGGCAAUUCCGUUGCAGAUAAAGCAGGCGACAGCGAUUCCGACACGAACUCCGAUGAGGCGUUCGAUUUCUACCAGCCAAUCUCAACCGUAACCGCCGGCGACGAAGACGGAGCUGUCUUCGACCGAAAUUCUGAUGACGAUGAAGUCAACAAUCACUACUCUAAUUUCCAUCCUCCGCCCAAUGGCUACGCUUCGGGACAUUGUAUGGUGAACGGAUUUUUAUCGCUUGAUCUGAGCGAUGAAGACGAAGUGGAAGAAGAGGGGAGUAGGGAGACUACUGAAUCUCAGAGGGCAAUAGAGAGAGCGUUCAGAGAGGACGAGAGACGGCGUCAAGCUCCUCUGACGUCUGAGAAUGCCAGCAGAGUGAUGGAGGCCAUGAGGGGAGUUUCGUUUGGCGGGUCGACUCCGGACUGGGCGGGUCGGAUUUCCGAGGAUCAGUGGAUCGAUCGGCUCCGAAGAUUGAGACAACCACCAUCUACUGGUGCUGGUACUGCUUCUUCUACAAUUGAAUGA